AUGGCAACAUUUCCUCCAUUGAAAAAUGAUCUCUUCUUGCGAGUGGCUCGGGGACAACCGGCUGAGAGAGUCCCGGUAUGGAUUAUGCGGCAGGCUGGCCGCUACCUGAGUGAAUUCCGGGCCCUGCGAGAGAAGCAUAACUUCUUUGAAAUGUGUCAAACACCAGCUUUGGCAGCUGAGGUCACACUACAGCCCAUCAUGAAAUUCCCAUUAGAUGCAGCCAUAAUCUUUUCUGACAUCUUGGUCAUUCCACAAGCAAUGGGGUUGGAGGUCACAAUGGAGCCAGGUGUUGGACCUGUUUUACCCCAUCCUCUGAAAACUCCUGAAGACAUGAGUAGGCUCACAUAUGAUGGAUCACUUGAGUAUGUGUAUGAUGCUAUUAAACUGACUAGAGAGAAGCUUGAAGGGAGGGUUCCCCUGAUUGGGUUUGCAGGUGCACCUUGGACUUUAAUGAGUUACAUGAUUGAAGGGGGGGGAAGCAAGACAUGGAGCAAACCCAAACGUUGGCUCUAUGCACACCCAGAGGAGAGCAAGCUUCUCUUGGAUAAAAUCACUGAGCUCACUAUUCAGUACUUGGUGAACCAAGUGAGAGCUGGAGCUCAGGCCCUGCAAGUUUUUGAGUCUCAUGCUGACUUCCUUAAUCGAGAUCUUUUCUUGAAGUACUCUCUGCCUUAUCUUGCUCGCAUAUCACAUGAGGUCAAGAAACAACUUGGAGAUGAUGCUGUGCCCAUGAUUGUAUUUCCCAAGGGAGCUCACUAUGCUUUGAAAGAGCUAGGGAAGCUGAAUUAUGACGUGGUUGGAAUCGAUUGGACUGUCGAUCCUGCAGUAGCCAGAGAGCAGAUCGGACCUAAUGUUACCCUGCAAGGGAACUUGGAUCCAUGUGCCCUUUAUGCACCUCAGGACAAGCUGAGGGACUUGGCUCAGGGAAUGGUGGCAAAGUUUGGGAAGCAAAGAUAUAUAGCCAAUUUGGGGCAUGGGAUUUAUCCAGAUACCAACCCAGAGAACGUGAGAGCUUUCAUCCAGGCUGUGCAAAGUGCAUGA